AUGUUGCCGGUGAGAAAAAUUCAAUUUUUAUAUUGUCCUCCCGAAAAAAAAAGAACCUUGGAAGAGAACCGAAAUGGCCUAGGAAACCAAAACUACAGUAGACUUCGCGAAAUUUUGGAGUCUAUUUGAAAAAUAAAAUGCGAAAUUUACACGCUGGCUAUUUGCCAACCAGUUUGAUAUGCAUGUGUCACGUCAUUUUUAGUCUACUGUACGUGAGCGCCAUUUCAAACGGGGGUUCUUUUAUUUUCGGAAUGACAAUAUUUAAUUCAUCUAAUUUUUUAAAAUAAUUUUCAGCUACUAUUUGCUUGUUUUCAAUUAACCCAUGGAUGCGCUCAAACUCUUGGAACAACUCCAAUAACAACCACGGGUAAUUUAAAGAUACUAAUUAAUUAAUUAAUCAUACUAAUUAACUAAUAAUAAUUUUCCAUAACACACUAACAACAAGUUCUACUAACUUCAGAAUCAUCAUCAACCACAGGUUUUGUUUUUUUUUUCAUGAAAUUCAGAUUCAAAUUGGGCCAACUGUUUUAUUUUCAGAUUGUUGUCCGGCUUUGACUCAAACUCUAACAUCUUCUUCAUUUCCUGAUGGAAGUAUGACUUUUGCUUAUAACAGUGAUACGUGUAGAACUACAGUUACAGCAACUUGUGUGUAAGUUCUACCACACUUGAAAUUAUUCAAAAUUGUUUUAUUCAGAUCCACUGAUACAUCUCUUGGACUUUAUGCUGCGAUUGUAGCGAAUACUGAUCAAUUUUUAGAUUAUGGUGAAAAUACAGUAUCUUUUCCAGGAACUUGUACAGAUGGAGAUUGGUAAGUUGAUAUAUUUUAUUGAAUUUUAUAUUCAAUAAUAAAAUUAUAAUAUUUUAAAGGUACAUGGGAACUCCUUCGUUGCAAAUUGAAACCCUCGAAUGCAUUUUGACAAAUCCACCAAGCGGCAAAUAA